GUUUACAAUUUGUUCAGUGUUCGUGGUGAAAUUACAAAAUCGAGAAAUAAUAAUUAAUAUAAAAAAUAUUAUUUGAAUCUCAAAAGUUAGAAAAUGGGGAAUGAAACAUCACUUCCAAUGGAAAUGUGCUCAACCUUUGAUCCAGAUGAAAUAAAAAGGCUAGGGAAAAGAUUCAGAAAACUAGAUUUGGAUAACUCUGGUUCUUUAAGUGUUGAUGAGUUUAUGUCUUUGCCUGAAUUGCAACAGAAUCCUCUAGUACAGCGUGUUAUAGAUAUAUUUGACACUGAUGGGAAUGGAGAGGUUGACUUUAAAGAAUUUAUUCAAGGUGUAUCACAAUUUAGUGUCAAAGGAGACAAAGAAUCCAAGCUACGAUUUGCCUUUCGAAUCUACGAUAUGGAUAAUGAUGGCUACAUAUCAAAUAGUGAAUUAUUUCAAGUGUUGAAAAUGAUGGUCGGAAGUAAUUUAAAAGAUGUUCAAUUGCAACAAAUUGUUGACAAAACAAUUCUAUUUGCUGAUAAGGAUGAAGAUGGAAAAAUAUCAUUCCAAGAAUUUUGUGCUAUGGUUGGGAAUACUGAUAUUCAUAAGAAGAUGGUUGUGGAUGUCUGAGGUACAUUAUGACAGAUUGGUUUUUGCUAAACAUAAGAACUGCUGUACAUCUUUUCUCAUUUGUAGAUAGUGUGUGUACAGUCAAUUUUAUUGCCUUUGAUCUAUAUGCUGAGCCAGCUGUUUUUUACAGUAGUAUAGCCAACAAUAAAAAUUUAAAAUUCCCUAAAGUGUAUCAAUUGAUUUUUGUCUGUCAAAAACAUACAUUUUCCCUUUCUUCUCUUCUCUUGAGUAAAAAUGCUCUCCAUUACAAAAGUGAAAUGUUGUUUAACAAAGAUAUUUUCAAUCUUCUAAGAAGAUUUUUAAAUUUAAAAAUGAAAAUGUAAAAUUUAAGAAAUUUCAAAAGAAAGAGUCUUUAUUUUAUGGCAAUCAAAUGUUUAUUUGUGGUAGACAACAUUAUGUGCUUAAAAACUAUUAUAAAUUUUUACAAGUAUGUAUUUUAGUUUUUCAAUCUGGAAAUUAAAGUUUUAGAAAAUUUUGAUCUCAGUUUCAACAGUAUGUUAUAUUCUGAAACAUGACUAAAUAUAAAUUCUAGUAAUUGUUAUCAUUAUUUAUACUAUUUAUACUAUGGGAAAUAGUGUGAACUAGUUGAAGAAUACCAGACAUUUUCCUGUUUUUCUUUUUCUUCUUCUUUUGUUAGGAAAUAUGAAUUUAGUACUUGUAUUCCUAAAAUGAUUUGUUGUAACCUCUAGCAAAGCAUCCCAAAUUAAAAUAUUUCUUUUUAUUGGUUAUUUUGAUUGCUUUAUAAACAUUUUUUUAAAGUUUAGUGAUAAGUUUAAAAAGAUAAAAGUUCAUUAGUUUUUUUGCUGUUACAAAUGAACCGUGAUCUCUAAACAAACUUUAAAAUUUCACUCAAGAAUUAAUCUUGUUUUUAUUGGCUAUACUACUGUUUAAAAAAAUUUCAUAAAUUUAUGAUAUGUUGUUAGCUCAUAUAGAGCUGCUUGUUAUUCUGAUAGAAUAAGACUUUGGAUUGUUAGUUGGUUCUCCUCCUCUUUGAGAACUAUAGAAUCUCUCGAUAUCAAUUUUAUGUAAAUAUGCUUGAAAGAAUAACAUUGUUUCAGACUGCUGUUUGCAUUUGUUCUAUAAUGAAGUGAUGAUCCUCGAGGUUAGGUGUUUGUUCCUCUAAUCCCCCCUCCCCCAUUUUUCUUUUGCAAAUAUUUUCUUUUUCAUAUAUCAUAACAUCAUGAAUAAUAUUCGAAAUAUUUUUAUUACUUUUGUGUUAUAUUACAAUUUCUGGAUCUUGCGUGAGGUUUUUUAAUCUCUCUCUUAAGGUUUCUUUAGCUGAUUUUAAAAUAAUUUUAUGAAUUCCAAAUUUGUUAUGAAGUAACAUGCUUUUUGUUCAUUGGUUUCAAUUAUAUAUUUUAUUUGUUAUAGUUCAAUAUAUUUUGGGAAAUUAUGAUGUAUGAUGCUGUAAUAUUUUGUGUGAACAAUGUGUGGUUACUUCUUUAUCUAAAACUCUAUUAAAUUCAUAUAUCUAAUGCUUUUCGCCUUGGUAUUGUUAGUUAUAUAAAGAAUGAAAAUAUAUUUAUUUUUUUAAUUUAAAAUUAUGUGAGUUGAACUAAAAAAGCUAAAACUUUUUCUAAAAAAUAUCUUGCUACAAAGUACUUAAGUGCAAUAAUUUCAAAAUUUUAAUGUCUAAAGAGUUUUUGAAAAUUAAAUAGUUUUGUGUUUCACCAGUAAACUGAAUUACUGUCUUACUUGUUCUUUUUCAAAUGUAUUUCAGUAAUAAUUAAUUUUUUAAAUGAAAAUAAAAAUGCUAUUUGUUGAUAUUGUCACUGGCAUGCUAUAUCGUGUCAUAUACCCAGAAAUUCAAAAGAAGUAAACAAUAUAUUAAAACCAAAACGUUUCACAAGAAUCAUAAAUUCAGCAAUCAAAAGAACUUUUUUGCAACUCUGACUUUUUUGCCACACUUCAUUGUCACUACUGGUUAAUUUACUCUUAACUUCUCCCAUUAAAAUCAAAUUUUCAAACAGAAGAAUCAAGAUAUUUCUACUCUAGUGAACAUAUAUUGUAAUUUGGCAAGUUCUUCUAAAACAAAGCAUUUCAUUUCAAACCCGGUGCUGUGCUGCAAAAACAAUAACUUUGGGGGAAAAUUGUCGACUUUAAAUGGUGUAAAUAUGAAGGUGUGAUUUUUAAAGAUUGUUGCUAGACUUAAAUUAAGAUUAAAAAAACUAUAUCAAGUGUAUGCAUUCUUCUCUAAAUACAAUAUUUCAAACCUUGCAGAAAAGCUUUAAAAAUAAUGAAAUAAGUGUUGUAAAUUAAUAAUUUGUGACUUCAAUUAAUAGGGAAAUUUCAGUACAUCGUGCUAAAAAUAAAAAAAUGAAGUAAAAAACUUGUGUUAACCAAUUUUUUAAAUACGAAAAAAAAAAUUAAAUUGUUAUUUAUUUUAGCAUUUUUGUUCAUGGCCUUGGAAGAUUUUACAGAAAAUAAUUUUUUUUCAGUCUGUAAGAAAAUGCUUUUGUGACUUAGUUAUUCUUCAUACAGAAUGCAGUUGUGUUCUAACCUGAUGCUUUUGGUAAUUUUUAAAUUAGUUGUUUUUAUAAAUGAAAAUUGAUGUAUUUAGUUCUCUUCUCUGUUAUGAUUCUACAUAAAGUACCAUUUUUAAGAACUUAUUUUUUUAUUUUCAAAACUCUGUUUUUUCCCCCCUCCCUUCAUUCCUACUUGUUCUCAUUUAAAUAACCUUCUCUGAUUCAUGAAAAUAAUCUAAAUUAACUUAAAGAUCUAUCUUUUAAAUAAAUAGUUGUGUCAUGCAGUUUGAACAUAGCCUUUUUUCUAAGAAUUUAAUUUUAAGAAAUGUUGGGUGUUAGAGCUAAUUUUUCACCAUCUAGAAAUGCUCAGUAUUAGAAAAUACCAUUUACAAUGUCUACUUCUGUUGAUGUGUAUAUAACAAAAAGCAUAAUUCUAUCAUGCUAUCAUUACAUGAAACAGUUACUAUAUUAUGCUUAUUUCAUAAUCAUUCAGUUCAGUGUAAAAUUCUAUUGCAAAUUUUUCUUAGAGAUUUGUUCAAAUUAUGUUGCAUAAAGUUUAUUGCAUAAUAUGCAGCCAUAAUGUUUGUAAAGGUAUAAGAGUAAAUAUAUUCGGUAUGAACAUUUUUUUAGUUAAUAUUUGUAAAAAUAUUUAAUUAUUUGCAAUAAAUAUUCAGUGUAUUGCAAUCUUGUUAUCAAAGUUUUGAAAUUGUAUGCAGUUAAAUUUAUUUUUCCAUUUUAAGAGUGGAGUGAAAAUUUUAUGGAUUGAAAACUUAUAAAAGUAACUUUAACUAAAAGUUUUGUUUGGAAAAUAUUGUAAAUUUUUAGAUUUCAUUGUAUCAUCAUUUUAAUAUAUACAAAAUACAUAAACUCUAGACUUUUUUCUUUUGAGACUUACCUUGAAAUUAAUAGUAGGCAUAGUAAAUUAGUCAGAAGCCAGUCUAUAAAAGAAAGAAAAAAUGGCUGCAAGAUGAAUCGUUCAAACACUGAUGAGAGUGCAAUACAUAAAAAUUUUAACACUGAGCUAUUGUACAAAUAUUUGUACCUAUAGAUAUCAGUGAUUUUAAAAAUUUAUUCUUAAUUUGUUUUGCAUCUUUUUCAUACAUUCAAGCCAAAUUGUUAUUAUUGUUGUUGUUUUAAGUAUGGAAUUGUAGUUUAUAUUCGAAUAUAAAAAUGGAUUAUUUGUUUUCAAAUGCUGUAAAUAAAAGAAUUAACAAUU